AUGGUCAUCCACCUGAUUCCUAAAUGGGGUUUCAAUUGGACCAUGCGUGCCUGUGCAUUACUUAUUCUAUGCCUGCUUCUAUUCACCAACUUCACACUCAAAUCCCGUUUACCACCAUCCAAACGACGCUGGCAUAUUUCUGAAAUGACUCGACCGAUGAAAGAACCAGCCUUUAUAGCGCUCGCAGCCGCAGUCUUCUUCUAUUAUUGUGAGUUUGACUAUUCCAUCCCACUUUUUACUCCUUUAUUAGCUAACGUACAUAUAGGGGGCAUGUUUCUCCCUGUAACUUAUAUCGUUGUCGCCGCUCGCAAAAACGGAAUGUCACAACAUAUGGCCAACUACAUGGUUCCAAUCCUCAACGCUGCGAGGUACGAAUUCACGUUCUAUUCUGCUGGUCAUAUUAUGAAUAUCACUAAUCCGCGUGGCUGCAGUAUCCUUGGCCGUACAGCACCCAACGUCAUCGCUGACAAGGUUGGUAGAUAUAACAUUAUGAUAAUCAUGUGCAGUAUAACCUCACUUCUUAUCCUCGGCCUUUGGAUGACCGCAUCGAACAACUUAGCCAUGAUCCUCUUUGCAGUAUUCUUUGGAAUUUCAUCUGGCUCAGGUGUCGGUCUCACCCCUGCCCUCGUGGCCCAAGUGUCUCCCAUGAAAGAGAUAGGCACUCGUACGGGACUGAUAUUUGCAAUCGGAUCAUUGGCUGGACUCAGCGGAUCACCUAUCGGAGGCCAAAUUAUUGAAGCAAGCAGCGGGUCUCUGCGCUAUAUGAUGGUAUUUGCUGGAGUGAACUGCAUUAUUGGCACUCUAUUCUUCGUCGUUGCUAGACUCAGCUUGGGUGGUAUAAAGAUGGCCAACGUUUAA